AUGAUAAGCAGCUGCUUCUGUCCAGCAAUGGACACGAACUGCGAUGCCCCAGCGGAUCAAAAGGAUCAGAUGCAGAAGCUGGUCGAAGAGGUGCUGCAGAAGCAGCACAAUGCAUUGAUUCUGCGGCUUGAAUCCUGGCUUUCCAAGCUGGACUCUAAGCUGGACGAGCAUCCACCACGCGCGAUCUCGGAUUGGGCUCGCCAGGCGACCCCGGCGCAGAUGACGAACCGGCUCUCCAACAGGUCCACCCGGUCGCGGCAAAACGAG